CACUCAGUAGUGCACGCAAUAUUAGUUGUUGAUCAAUAAAAAAUUAUUACGGGCUAUAUAAGAGAGACACAAGGCAGACAAGAGACAAAUCUAAAAUCGUAAGUCAAGGAGACACGAGUAAGUUGUCUGUAAAAUAUGUCUCGGAGAGGUUGUCGUCUGUCAUCCGUGGAGGGUCUGCUGUUGACGGUGUUGGUUGUUCUGUUUGUGGUGUGUGUGGGUCUAAUUGUCGUCACUUGGCUUGCGCUGGACAAGAACGGGGAGCGAGGAGAGGAGGAAACGGGUUCACAGUUUACGGGACGUUUUGUUAUCUCUCAUGGAGCCAUUUUUACAGCAGAUCUCCUCAAUAGAAGCAGUGUACAGUUUAAAGCUCUGGCUUAUGACACUACACAGCGGAUAAACAAAGCCUACAGUCAUGGUUCCCUAAAGGAGCAGUUCAAAAGUUGUAAGGUUAAUGAAUUCAGUGAAGGAAGUGUUGUUGUGCACUUUGAUAUCUUCUUCCAUGGUGUUUUGGAUUCUAACACGGCGCAAGAAGAAUUAAUAGAUGGUUUGAAACAGGGUGAGACUGGAUCAAACGAAGGACUCAUAAUAGACAGCAGCAGCGUGCAUGUCUCAGACAAAGAAAUUACAACUAAGAGGCCACCUACAACCAAUCCAGUCACUUCAGUGAAGUGUCCAGAUGGAGAGACGGCAUGUGCUGAUGGUACCUGUAUAUCUACAUCUCAAUUUUGUGAUGGAAUAAACAACUGUCCUGAUGCCUCAGAUGAACAUCAAAGUGUUUGUGCAACAGUUUGUGAUGGACAGUUUCUUCUGCUUGGUCCGACUGGAUCCUUCCACUCGAAAAACUUUCCACAGGAAUACGACAGAGAAACGAUCUGUCGCUGGAUCAUACGAGUGAACGACGGCUUAGCCAUAAAAAUCACCUUCCAUGCUUUCCGUACAGAAGAGCAGACUGAUGUUCUGGAUCUGUAUGAGGGAACUGGAUCUAUGAAACAGUUAACAUACUCUCUCUCAGGAGUGGCAUCUGGAAACAUCUGGCUUUUGUCUCAUGAAGCCACGCUUGAAUUUUACACAGACUACUUCAACAACUUUCAAGGCUUCAAUGCAAGUUACAGAGCUGAAAACAUUAGUCAUCUGUCUAAUGAAGACAAGAUCAGCUGUUCAUUUGAAGAGGACUUUUGUCUCUGGAGGCAAGAACUCAAAGAUGAUAAUGGCGACUGGUUAAGAGUUCGAGGUUCUACUCCUCCACCUGAAACUGGCCCGAGUUUUGAUCACACGCUGGGCAACCAAUCAGGGUUCUACAUAGUGACCCCUCGGAGUGUUGGGAGUCGGGAAACAAAAUUUCGCCUUUACAGUCUUCCACUUGCUCCUACAAAUCAAUUGAUGUGUCUGCAAUUCUGGUAUCAUAUGUUCGGGGACGACGUUUGGCGUCUGACAGUCAUGACAAAGGAAGGGUCUGACGUCACCGUCAUCUUUCAGAAAGAAGGGAAUUAUGGUGACAACUGGAACUACGGGCAAACCACUUUAAACAAUGCAAAUGCACAUGUUGUGGUUAUCUUUGAAGCUCAGAAGAGAGCGGGCAUCCUGAAUGAUAUUGCCAUAGAUGACAUCAGCAUAGUGCAUGGUUCCUGUGGGACGGGUCCACCUGAACCAACCCGUGUCCCCCCGCCCAUGACUCCACCUCCCAUGCCAGCUGACUGUGGAGGACCAUUUGACCUAUAUGAGUCAAACUCGACAUUCAGUUCUCCAAAUUACCCACUUGGUUAUGGAGCAGAGGCUUCAUGUAUGUGGAUUUUGCAUGCUGAGGAAGGACAGAAUAUCCAGCUGCAUUUUCAAGAUGUUGCUUUGGAGGCAUCUAAUGACGUCUUAGAAAUUCGAGAUGGAGUGGAUCCUAAUUCAGAAUUGAUAGCUGUCCUAACAGGGGAUCGUUCCUUUCCGGAUCUUUUCUCCAAAUCCUCCCAGAUGACCGUGCUGUUUUUUACAGACUUAUCGGGGAGCAACAGAGGCUUUCUAGCCAACUUCAGCACCGGUCUUCACCUCGGUCAACCGGAUCCUUGUCCCACCGGCCACUUUCAAUGUAGAACGGGCACGUGUGUCUCUGCUACCAGCGUGUGUGAUGGGGUAAAACACUGUCCUGAUGGAUCAGAUGAAACUGACUGUGUGCAUCUAAUAACAGAUAAUGAAAAUUAUCGACUUCGGAUUCAAGUUCAGGAUAAAAUUUACACAGCCUGCUCUCAGAAUUGGACCAGAGCAAUAUCUAGAUCCUUUUGUCGCUACUUGGGGUAUAGGGCAGGAGGUUAUAAAUCAUCACAGAUUAUGGAUGGAGAUGCUCCCUUUAUUACAGUUGGUCUUAAUGCAAAUGGCACAUUGGAGCUGAAACCCAGUGAGAAAUGUCUCAACGAGAAGAUUGUAUUACUUUGGUGUGAUAAUAUGCCAUGCGGUUUGCCCAAAGUGCUACGUGCCCCAAACAAUGAUGCAGGCAGGGUGGUGGGAGGACAGGACGCUAAGAAAGGGGCGUGGCCUUGGAUAGUGUCUCUGCGAUGGCAGGGUGUCCAUGUUUGUGGAGCUUCAUUGAUUGACAGUGAAUGGUUGAUUACAGCCGCACAUUGUGUUUAUGGGAAGAACAUUCACCUGUCAAGCUGGGUGGCUGUUUUGGGUCUUCAUGCUCAGUAUAAUACGGAAGACUCGGACAAACAAUACCGUACGAUUGAUCAGAUUAUUAUGAACAAACACUACAACAGAAGGACAAAGGAAUCGGACAUCGCCCUAAUGCAUUUAGAGACACCUGCCGACUUCACAGAUUAUGUUCAGCCCAUCUGCCUACCAGAACCCAGUACGAUAUUUGAACAAGGCGAAAAGUGCUUCAUUGCUGGUUGGGGAAGACGUUUUGAAACCGACACGGUAGCUAAUGUGUUACAGCAGGCUGUUGUGCCGCUGGUAAACAGGACACAGUGUCAGCAAUGGAUGCCUGAGUACAACAUUUCAGAGCAGAUGAUAUGUGCAGGAUAUCCUGAAGGUGGUGUCGACACCUGUAAGGGGGAUUCUGGUGGUCCACUAAUGUGUAAAGAGGACAUCCAUUGGGCCACUCUUGUGGGAGUGACAUCUUUUGGUGUAGGCUGUGGACGACCCCAGCGGCCCGGUGUGUUUGCAAACGUCAAUAGGUUUAUUGAGUGGGUGGCGGAGACACGACGUUUAUACUCAGACUGGAAGGGUUAAAGUGAAGUUAUGUCUUAAUAAAUUGCUUCAUGAUUCCUCUGGGCUUCUGGACAUCAUGUUAACACAACAUCAUGUAACAUAAACAUAAUACUGUACCUGUCUUGUUAAUUGCUGUGACCUGCGCACUUUACUGAGGGUCUUUUCUCAAAACUUCAACAUACUUGUCUUGUUCAGAUGCCAGGGUGUAUAUUUACCUGAAUUUAAAUAAAUACAUUUAUUUCUUGAACUUUUAUUGAAGAGCUCAGAUGCCAAACCCUCUAAAUGCAUCUAACUUGUUUUCUUGUAAAUUAGCAUUUAUUUUUAUCAGACAUAAUGGAUUUUGUCAACAACCAUAUCUGAAUCACCUGAGGCCAGGAUUAAGCAAGGUUAAGUGAAAGCUUUUGUAUCCGACCUCACCUCCUCAAUUGUGUACUGAAAUUGUAUUUUUGCUAAAACACAAAUCAGUAUAUCCUUAAU